CUCUUUUUUGCAUUUUCUUCCUUCUAAUUCUAUAGCUGUCCUCUAUUGUCCAUUACUGGCUUUCAGAGAAUGUAAGCAAAGGUUUACACAUUCACUUCUCCAAAAUCAUAUCCAAUUCCCUAAGAAAUGUCUUCUUUACAUCAAUUGCUCUCUGACGAAGGAUUUGUGCAGACAAGUUUCUCGAAAACUAGGAAACAAGCACUCAAACUUAGAGACGAAUCCAUAAAACUGCCUAAAUACUUUUGCCAUGAUCAGCAAAGACUUGAUUCCAUCAAGCACAAGACUGAGCAGGCUUCUACUCGAAAAGGGUCUUCGAAAUUUUCAUCGAAAAGGAUGAGUUCAGAUUCGGGGAUGACUAAUUUUAAGUCAUUGUCGAAUGGAGAUGGACCUGCAAUUGAUGAAGCAGCUGUUAGAGCUGUGAUAUCUAUCCUUGGUGGGUACAUUGGCAGGUAUGUAAAGGAUUUGAGUUUCAGGAAGAUGAUUCGAGACAAGUGCAACUCUUGCUUGGUGAAAAAGAUAAAGGAUUCAGAUGAUGGGAUUUUUGCAAAUAUGGAGCUGGGAAUAGAGGGUAUUGAGAAGUUGGUUGAAGAUCAAGGGACGAAGAAGGAAUUGAGAAUGAAGUCAUUGAGAAAUUCGAUUCAGCUAUUGAGUAUUGUUGCUUCAUUGAAUUCUGAAAAAUCAAGAAAUGGUUCAACUUGUGGUAUUCCCAAUUCCCAUAUCUCAGCUUGUGCUCAGUUGUAUCUAUCUAUUGUGUACAAGCUUGAGAAGAAUGAUAGAAUAUCAGCUAUGCAUCUCCUUCAGGUGUUCAGCGAUUCCCCUUUUUUAGCAAGGACCCACUUGCUUCCUGAUCUAUGGGAGCAUUUCUUUCUUCCUCAUCUUCUCCAUCUUAAGGUUUGGUAUCAUAAGGAACUAGAGAAGCUUUCAGAAUCAGCAAAUGUUGAUAAGGAAAAGAGAAUCAAAUUGUUGAGCAAGGCCUAUAGUGACCAGAUUGAUAUGGGAACAAUUCAAUUUUCCCUGUACUAUAGAGAGUGGCUAAAAGUUGGGGGCCAAGCUCCUUCUAUUCCGGCUGUGCCUUUGCCAUAUAGGCCUAGUCAUGCACCAUCAAGAAGAAAAUCAUCAGAUUCUUAUAGUUCUCAUUCCUCCAUCAACAGAAAUUUAUACCAAGCUGUAUUUGGACCGAUGAAUGAGCAAAGACCUGUGGAGCUCACUAGUCAAGAUAGAGAUUUAAUGGAUGCUUGGGGUCCAAAGGAAGAAAAGCUUUGCAUAGAAGAUGGAUAUAACAGUUGCAGUUAUGCUACUAAUAAGAUGAGGACUCAUCGGAGAUCAAUGAGCCAAAACUAUGUAAUUUCAACAAAUGAAUUAAGGGCUGAGACACAGAAAUCAGACUACUUCAGCUUCUUAUCUUGCCACAGUAUAGUAUCACAAUGCUUGGUGAAUGGCAAUUAUAUAGUGAGAAGUAACUCAAUCAAGAGCCUUGAAAAUACCCAUCAUCCAUUGAGUGAUCUAAGUAGAGCUAUUUCAACUAUUUGCUCCUCAGAUAGUCUAAAUGACUGUGAAAUUGCUAUCCGAGUGAUUACCAAAGCUUGGCUGGACUCGCAUAGUAAUCCUGUUAUUGAAUAUGUUUUAUCAAAAGAACCUGUGAUUGAGGGAAUACUUGAGGUAUUAUUUGCUUCUGAUGAUGACGAAAUUCUAGAACUAGCUAUAUCAAUUCUAGCUGAAUUCGUUAUGAGAAAUGAGACCAACAGAUUAAUAGUACUCAACUCUGAUCCACAGCUUGAAAUCUUCAUGAGACUUCUUAAAAGUAGCAGUUUGUUUCUGAAGGCUGCUAUUCUGCUUUAUCAGUUGAAGCCAAAGGCAAAACAGAUGAUCUCUGUUGAGUGGGUGACAGUGGUACUUCGAGUUUUAGAGUUUGGAGACCAAAUGCAGACCUUAUUCACUGUAAGAUGCAUCCCUCAAAAGGCAGCAAUGUACUUCCUGGAAGAACUCUUAAUGGGUUUCAGCGAAGAUAGGAACUUAGAGAAUGCGAGCCACUUUGUCUCCCUAGGUGGCUUGAGCUUGUUGGUAAGGACAUUUGAGAAAGGAGACAUUGAUGAUAAGAACAUUGCAGCUAUGCUUAUGUCCUGCUGCAUUCAAGCAGAAGGUAGUUGUAGGAAUUACUUGGCUGAGCAUUUGAAUAAGUCUGCUCUCCUUGAGCUCAUUGCUCUUGGAAUCCAGAAGAGGGCUACAGGAUGUGCUCUCAUUUUACUAACCGAGUUACUAUGCCUCACUAGAAGAACACAGAUAAUCAGAUUCUUAACUGAGCUUAACAAUGGAUGGAGUGGCUUGAACACUAUGCAUAUAUUUCUAGUCUUUCUUCAGAGGGCUUCACCAGAAGAACACCCACUAGUUGCAGCGAUUCUGUUACAGCUUGAUCUUCUGGGAGAUCCUUUCAAGUCCAGCCUAUAUAGGGAAGAUGCAGUAGAGGCAAUUAUAAAAGCUUUGGAUUGCCAAAUGUGCAACACAAAAGUUCAAGAACAAUCUGCGAGAGCUCUCUUGAUGCUGGGAGGCUAUUUUUCACACACAGGAGGAGCAAAAGCAGAAGAAUGGCUUUUACAACAAGCAGGUUUACAUGAGAGAGCAGUGGAUUUGUUUUUCAGCAAUGAAAUAAUUGAUGGGAACUUGAGAGAGGAGGAAAAGGAAAUGGAAGAUUGGCAAACAAAAGUAGCAAUUAUCUUGCUCAACACUGGGGGCAAGAGAUUCCUGGAAGCUCUUUCCAAUUGCAUAGCCAAUGCCACCCCCAGUUUGGCACAAGCAAGCCUCUUCACCGUUUCAUGGAUGAAUAGAGUUUUGCAUUCUGUAGGAGAUGAAACAUUUGUUGCAGAACUGCCAGAGUCCUCAAAUCAUGACAGAGCUCUUGGUGGAAAGAUACACAGUUCUGUUUCAUUGAAGCAUCAUAUAAAGAGUUCAGAAUGUAUUUCGAUGCUUUCAACAUUGGAUAAAGAGUUGAUAGAUCCCAUUCGAAGUUCUUCACGACAAUUUGAGGAAUAGAAGGAAUGAAAUACUAGAGGCUAGAAAACGUUACUUCUUGAAGAAAUGCAAGCAAAUAACCAAUGCUCAUUAGAGAGUUGAAGGAUUAGAAACUCCUCUGGGAAUGUGUGAUAUAUGUGUUGUUCUCUCUUUCAUUCUUAAUUUCUUUUUUAACAUAUCUGUUUAUGAACAUGUGCACAUACUGCAAAAUUCCAGUUAGCUGGUCCUCUUCUUCCCAAGUAGAUUUUGUAAAGAGAAGCAUAUUCCAAUGAAAUAGAAAUGAUAUUUCCUUUGAAUAAUCAUACUA